AUGGGACUUAAGAAGCCAGAAGUUGGGAAGACAUGUUAUCUGUACAUUGAGGUUGCCAAGGUGGUCUUAAAGAGACAGAAGGUAAGGACCUUAAAACUCACUGCAGGAGCGCAUUCAGCCCCCCCCCCCCUUCCCCCACUCACCUGUCUCCUCUGCCUUUGUCCCCGCUGUGUCCAGGGCCGGGCACGCAGGCCUCCGCCUGCUCAGCACAGGCACUGUGAGGGGUGUGUCAACCGCCACUGCCACGUCCCGGUGGAGCCCAGCGUCUCCUGCCUGGUGAUAAGCUGCCGCCUGCUCUGUGGCGCUACCUUCCACAUGUGCAAGGAGGCGGAGCAUGCGCUCCUCUGCCCUCUAGAGCAGGUCCCCUGCCUCAACUCCCAGUACGGCUGCCCGCUCUCCAUGGCGCGCCACAGGCUGGCCAAGCACCUGCAGGCGUGCCCCGCCAGCGUGGUCUGCUGCUCCAUGGAAUGGAAUCGCUGGCCAAAUGUGGACUCGGAGACAGUCCUUCACGAGAACAUCAUGAAAGAGACCCCCAGCGAGGAGUGUCUGGACACAGCCCUGGCCCUCCGGGACCAGAAGGUGCUCUUCAGAUCCUUGAAGAUGGUGGAUCUUUUCCCAGAAACCAGAGACGCCACCGAGGAGGAGCCAGCCGUGAACGGUGACACCAGCUGGGAGGAGACUGGGGGCGCGGCGGGGGGAGUGGAUGGCAGGCCGGGACCACACCGUGGCCUGCCGGCCACCGACGGACAAGCGAUGGAGCUCAGUCAGGAGGAGCGAGCCGCCUUGGCGAAAACCAAAGAAGGGAUGGACCUGGCCAGGUUCGGCGAGUGGGAAAGCAUGUUCAGCAAGGAGCAUGCGGCCUCCGUUUUAACAGGCUCCUCGGCCGAGAGUGAAGACAAGAGCGGGAAGGCGGCUGGGAAGGGGCAGCGUCCCGGUGAUGGUGGCACAGGGCGCGCUGAGGGCUCUGCGGAAGGGAGGGGACCGCAGGAAAGCCAGAAGCCCCAGGAUCUUCCCGCCGCCAUAGAGAUGACAGGCCUGGCCCCCUGGCAAGAUGGUGUUCUGGAAAGACUGAAAACAGCCGUGGAUGCCAAGGACUAUAACAUGUACCUGGUGCACAACGGGCGGAUGCUCAUCCACUUCGGCCAGAUGCCCGCUUGUACCCCCAAGGAGCGAGACUUCGUUUACGGCAACCUCGAGGCCCAAGAAGUGAAGACGGUUUACACCUUCAAAAUCCCCGUGAGCUACUGCGGGAAGCGAGCUCGCCUGGGAGACGCCAUGCUGAGGUGCAGACCAAGCGAACACAAGGCCGUGGACACUUCUGAUCUGGGCAUCUCUGUGGAGGACCUGCCCAAGUCCGAUCUCAUCAAGACCACCCUCCAGUGUGCUUUGGAAAGGGAACUCAAGGGCCACGUCAUCUCUGAAUCCAGGAGCAUCGAUGGACUGUUUAUGGAUCUUGCCACCCAAACAUACAACUUCGAGCCGGAGCAGUUUUCCUCGGACACGGUGUUGGCCGACCUCCUAGGCGCUGCCCAACCCGGGGGCCUGCACGUCGAGCUCCACAGCGAGUGUGUGACCCGAAGACACAAUAAAAGCAGCUCAGCUUUCACUUUCACCUGCAACAAAUUCUUCCGCAGGGAUGAGUUUCCCCUGCACUUCAAGAACGUCCACACAGACAUUCAGUCGUGUCUCAACGGCUGGUUCCAGCAUCGAUGCCCGCUGGCCUACUUGGGAUGCACGUUUGUUCAGAACCACUUCCGCCCCCCUGGACAAAAAGCGAAAGUGAUCUAUAGUCAGGAGCUGAAGACCUUUGCCAUCAAGCCAGAGGUUGCACCGGAGCUGAGUGAAGGACGGAAGAGCGACCAUCUCCCCGGCCACGGUGGGAAAAGCCUGCAUUCUCUAACCAGCCUGCCCCUGGAAGUUUUACAAUACAUUGCUGGGUUUCUGGACAGCAUCAGUCUGUCCCAGCUGUCCCAGGUGUCCGUACUGAUGAGGAACAUCUGUGCCACUUUGUUGCAAGAGAGAGGAAUGGUCCUCUUGCAAUGGAAGAAGAAGAGGUACUCUCAUGGAGGCACCUCCUGGAAAGUCCACAGUCAGAUCUGGCAGUUCAGCAGCCUCUUCUCCAGAAUCAAGAGCUGGGAGUUUAACGACGUCACCUCCAUGUCCGAACACCUGAAAGCCUGUCCUUUCAACAUUGUGGAGCACAAGACUGACCCGAUCCGUUUGACCAGCAUGUGCCAGCCCCAAGAGCAGGCCCAGAAGAGCUUAGUGUCCACGUUUAGGGCCCGACCACGGGGCAGACACACCUAAAGAUUUGCACACCACGGCUCCUGGCUUCUCAGAGUUAUUGAAAGUAGGACAGUAUGGUUUCAGGAUGCGUAUCUGCUUCACUGGGUCUAAAGAAUGUGAAGUCCUUCAGGCCUUACCAACUACACUAGGAGAGUAGUUUUCUGAGCUAUGGCUUGUAUGAUAGUGACACACACAAACAAACACACACACAAACACACACUCACUAUAUCCUUAUCUUAUUCCUUUCUUAUUU